GUGAUAUUUUUAGGAAAUGAGAAAAUGAAAAGAAAGUGCAUAGGGUAGGGCACACAAGCUGGAGAAAGGGCUGAAAGCAUGAGAUUGCAGCCGAAACUCUUCCCCUGCCAAUGCCACUGAUGGUGAUUUUGGAGUUCUUAUGCUAAAUAUUCUUUUGCAUCCUUCAAUCUAAGGGUGAAUGUCUGCAGAUUUGGACUUCAAAUAAUAUCUGGAACUAAAACCCCCAAAUCUGACCUUGCAAAUUCUAAAUUCCAAUUAAGCUAUCUUUGGCCAAAUUGAAUUAAUUUAGCUGCGGAGACUUGAGUUCUUCAGACCAUUUGUUAAUUCAAGUCCUUCAGACCAUUGUCCUUCCAAUUAUCAAAAAGUCCCCCAGUGCAAAGGAAGCCCUUAAAGUGUAGAGAUUAUCUGGUAGACCUCGACUCUCGAUUAGGAAAAUCUCGGGGACAAAUGGGGAAAAGGGUGAAGAAAAAGAGUCGUUCACUGCAGAAGGAGAAGAGGGUUUCAACACAUUCUCCUAAAGUUGCUCCUCAACAGACCACUCCUAGUGUUGAUGUUAAUGAGAGAAUUACAGUUGCAGUGGUGAAAGAGAGAAAACAAUGUGUACACCUUGGCAAGGGGUUUAAUUUGAAUAAUUUAACUGUGAAACUUGGGUCUUCAGAUCCUUUAAAGUGUGAGGACUGUCGUGAAGGUGUUGCUGAUAGGAGAGGGGCAAAGGGAAAGGGUAAACAUGGAAAAAAGAAAGGAUCAGUUGAUUCAAAAUCUGAAUCGAAAGCCAUUUGGGUUUGUUUAGAAUGUGGGCAUUUUGCUUGUGGUGGAGUUGGUUUGCCAACAACACCCCAGAGCCAUGUUGUUCGGCAUGCUAGACAAACCCGCCACCCGUUGAUAAUCCAAUGGGAAAAUCCACAUCUACGUUGGUGCUUCCCAUGUAAUACAUUAAUCCCAGUUGAGAUGACAGAGGAAAAUGGUGAAAAGAAAGAUGCACUACUGGAUGUUGUAAAUUUGAUCAAGACACGAUCAUCGCAGAGGUCAUUGGUGGAUGUUGAGGAUGUUUGGUUUGGAGGUGGUAGCGUUGCAAGUGAAAUCAAAGCAGAAGGCACAAUAUUGAGCAGCACAGAGGGAAAAAGUGGUUACACCGUAAGAGGCCUGGUUAAUCUGGGGAACACUUGCUUCUUCAAUUCAGUAAUGCAAAAUCUAUUAGCCAUAGAUAAGUUGCGGGAUUUCUUCUUCAAUCAAGAUAUAUCGUUUGGCCCUCUAACCAUUGCUUUGAAGAAGCUCUUUACUGAAACAAAACAAGAGACUGGUAUAAAGAAUGUGAUCAGUCCAAGAUCCUUUUUUGGAUCUAUCUGUUCCAAGGCUCCUCAGUUUAGGGGAUACCAGCAGCAAGAUAGCCACGAAUUGUUGCGUUAUUUGCUUGAUGGUUUGUCUUCCGAAGAGUUGGCUGUGAGAAAACAAGUGAAUGCUUCUAAGGAAAAUGGGAUUUCUUCAAAACAUGGCCCUACCUUUGUGGAUGUUCUAUUUGGGGGCCGAAUUUGUAGUACUGUUUCUUGUAUUGAAUGUGAGUACUCUUCCACUGUGUAUGAGCCAUUUUUGGAUCUUUCACUACCAGUUCCAACCAAGAAACCUGCCACAAAAAAAGCCCAACCAGCUUCUAGAUCAAAGAAAACAAAGUUGCCACUAAAGAGAGGGGGAAGGGUUCGAGCAAAAGCUAAUAAAGAUACAGAUGCAGUGCCAGCACAAAGCAGUUCAAACCCCUCAGUUAGCAGCGAGUCUCCAUGUCAAACCCUGUCAAUCAUACCUCAUGCAGAAAACUCAAUGGCUUCUUCAGGUGAUGUUGUAGGAUUAGAGUCUGUUUGUUUAACUACUGUAGCUGAUAAAAGUGGUUUAGCCUCCCAAAAUUUCUCAACUAUUCCAGACACUGAGAAUGAGCAAGUUACUGAGGGUACAGUGGAGCAGACAACAAAUUCAUUUGAUGACUUCUCAUGGAUGGAUUAUCUUGGUCAAGAAACUGUUACGGAUGAGCAUGAUUUGACUUUGCAAAAUAAAGAUGUUUCGACAAGUCAGUUUUCUGAAAAUAUCAUUCCAAAUGAUGACAUAAUGGAGAGUAGUCAAGUGUCUCCUGUUGAUGGAGAGCCAAAUCUGAAACUGGAAUCUUCAGUGAAUCCUUGGGAAGAAGAGGUCCUAGCACAGGUUAAAAGCUCUGAAGUUCUAUUGCUUCCAUACAAAGAGGAGAGUGUUAUGGAUGGUGAUGUAAUGAAAGGACAAGCUGAAGCCUCAUCUGUUGUGGGAUGUGGACAAGACGAAGCGGAUUUUGAUGGCUUUGGUGAUUUAUUCAAUGAGCCUGAAGUUUCUUCAGGACCUGUUUCAGGGCCCUCCUUAGCCAAUGGUACUGCAGAAACUGGUUUUAUUGCAGCAAACAACAGUGAAUCUGAUCCAGAUGAGGUUGAUAAUAGUGAUUCUCCGGUGUCAGUUGAGAGUUGUUUGGCUCAUUUUAUAAAGCCAG